CGGCCGGGCGGUGCUCUCCCGCCGCCUGAGUGGGCGCGGCGCGGGACGGCGGCGCGGGGUGCCGGGAGCCAUGGGCUAUUGCAGUGGCCGGUGCACACUGGUGGCCGUGUGCGGCGCGCAGCUGGUUUCUGUGCUCGAGAGGCAGAUAUUUGACUUCCUUGGUUAUCAGUGGGCACCUAUCCUGGCAAAUUUUAUACAUAUUAUUGUAGUCAUACUUGGCUUAUUUGGAACCAUCCAGUAUAGACCUCGUUACAUAACAGGAUAUGCUGUCUGGCUGGUUCUUUGGGUUACGUGGAACGUGUUUGUUAUCUGCUUCUAUUUGGAGGCUGGGGACCUUUCAAAGGAAACAGACCUCAUUCUGACCUUUAAUAUCUCAAUGCAUCGUUCUUGGUGGAUGGAGAAUGGGCCAGGCUGCACCGUGACCUCAGUAACCCCAGCACCAGACUGGGCACCAGAGGAUCAUCGUUAUAUCACUGUCUCGGGGUGUUUUCUUGAAUAUCAGUACAUAGAGGUGGCUCACAGUUCUCUUCAGAUCUUCCUUGCACUGGCAGGCUUCAUCUAUGCCUGUUAUGUUGUGAAGUGUAUUACUGAAGAAGAGGACAGCUUUGACUUCAUAGGUGGAUUUGACUCUUACGGCUAUCAAGGUCCACAGAAGACAUCUCAUUUACAACUACAGCCCAUGUAUAUGUCAAAGUAAACAUGGGGAGUACCCAAGGUGGGCUGGAAGACCACUGUCAAAGAAACUGUUUCAGAAUGGCCUCCUGAUUCUUUAAAGAGAAAAAAAUCCAAUUUUUCUGCUAAAAGAAAAAUAUAAAACCUGGUUGAACAGUGAGACAGAAAACAAGAGACUUUCAGCCCCUCUUUCUAACAGGUACUAAAGGAGAUGCCCCAGACCCCCACCUUGGACCUCCUGCCUCCCAGCACCAGAGGACAGAGCAGAGGCAUUGGUGCCAUCUUUUAUCUCUUCCCUACCCCAGCCACCGCCAGCGUGACCCAUCUGGAUUAAGACAUGAACUCGGUGCUUUUGGAGCCUCCUUCAUACUUCUGGCCGCAUCAAGUCUCCUUAGUCAACACGACACUGAAAUACCAGGAUGACCUUGCAGCAGAAGUCAAUAGACAGCGCGUUGUUUGCCCUGAAGGCUGUACAGUUCAUACUUGCCUUAACCCAACUGCAUUGCACAUUAGAGAAACUACGUGCAAGCUUUCUGAAGUUAACAUGCUGCUGUUAAUUCUGAACAAUUUCUAAGUCAGUGGUUUUCUUCUGUUUGGUUUUGCUUUGUUUUCGUGUCAGGGAAUAAGGCUCUGUUGCUCCAUGGCUCCAGAGCGACCAAGUAGAAAACUGCCAGCUGUCUGAUAAGUGCUUUACUUUUGAGACUCCACAGUGGUCAAGAAACAGUUUAUAAUGA